AUGUUGAACAUUCCCAUUAUUGCAAACUCCAAGAGGUUCUUGUUCCCAAAGGAUCACGAAUCGCAAUCUACGAGAGAUCACGAUGUGGAGCUGGAGACGAGAGAGGGCCCAAGUUCAGGAUAUAAUCCAAACUUCAAUGCAGAUGACGCGAUUCUAAAAAAGAACAGCGAUCAAGUAGAUCUUGAUGCUAAUAAAUUAACGAAUGUCACCUCAAGAGUUUUAAAUACCCCAGAAGCCUCUUUAAUCUAUGAUGAUGAUAGAGAGUUCCCAGAUGGCGGAAUCAAAGCAUGGCUGGUGGUGUUUGGUGCAUUUAUGGGACUGGUCCCAGUCUUUGGCUUAAUCAACUCCUUAGGGGCUAUUGAGUCGUACAUCUCUAAACAUCAAUUGGCGAAAAUUUCUUCUUCAACGAUAUCUUGGAUUUUCUCCCUAUACUUAGCUAUCAGCUUUUUGAGCUGUAUAUUAUCCGGUGGCUAUUUUGAUAGAAAUGGCAGUAUUAGUUUGAUGUGCACAGGUACAGUCAUAUAUAGUGGAGGUCUAUUUGCAUUAGCAAAUUGUAACUCAGUAUGGCAGUUCAUUUUGGCGUUUUCUGUAUGCUCUGGGCUUGGAACGGGAAUCUUAAUGACUCCUUUGAUAGGGACUGUCGCGACCUGGUUCUUAAAAAGAAGAGGUAUCGCAACAUCCAUAAGUACCAUGGGUGGUUCCAUAGGAGGUAUAGUUUUCCCUAUUAUGCUGAGAAAGUUGUAUAAAGAAGUCGGUUUUCAAUGGGCCAUCAGAAUCUUAUCAUUUAUUUGUUUGACGUGUCUCGUUUGUGCUUCUGUCUUGGCGAGAGAAAGAACCAAGCCUGUCGUCCAACCAUUCAAAUCCAAGUCUGAAGUAGCAAAGUGGUACAUUUCUUCUGUGUUCAAUUGGAGGUAUUUUUUGGAAGGAAAAUUCUUGUUCGUCGCUAUAGGUGCCUCAUUUGCAGAAAGUUCCCUAACUUCAUGUGCUACGUAUCUAGCGUCUUAUUCUAUGGCAAGAGGAAACACAGAAAAUGUUGCUUAUACAAUGAUCACUGCUUCGAAUGCUGUUGGUAUACUUGGAAGGUAUAUCCCAGGUUAUUUCGCGGAUAAGUUCAUUGGGAGAUUUAAUGUAGAAAUUAUUACCAUUUCGAUGGCCGCUUUGCUUAAUUUUGUCAUGUGGCUGCCAUUUGGUGGCAACACUAAGGUCCUUUGGGCAUACGUUUGUUUGUGGGGGUUUUCAACAGGUUCUAUCCUAUCACUGACACCUGUCUGCAUCGGGCAGAUAUCCAAAACUACUGAUUUUGGUAAACGUUAUGCAACGGUAUAUCUAUUGCAAGCAUUGGUAACGAUUCCGGUUUUACCUAUCGGUGGUACUUUAAUCGGCAAAGGUACCGUCGCAAAUUAUAAUCAUUUUAUUGUAUUCAAUUCAGCAUUAAUGGCAGCAGGUGCCGCAUGCUAUAUAGUAUCAAGACAUAUUUGCGUUGGUGCAAAACUCUGUAAGUUUUAG